GAUCAAGUGUGUCUCUGGAACAGGGUGUCCGCGAGGUCUUAAAAAGUUGAUAAAUCAAUUAUGAGAAAAUUGAGGCCCUUAAAAGCGUGCUCGAUCCACACGAUUGUUUCAGACUGGGGUGCAUCUGGCCAAGCUUAUCCAUCCGGAUGAUGUCACGUAAUUUGCGACAAACGCGGGAAGAGUCUUCUACUGCUGGUGAUAUCUUUCUCAAACAUGUCACAUCUAUUAUGAAGGACAAACACACUUCUGGAGAUCAGGAUUUGUCUCCAGGAUGCAGUGAUUGGGCUGGAGAUACUCCCUUCCUAAAGACAACGGGAGGAGCAGACUGCGGAGAAGAGAGCUCUCACACACACGUACAGCUACACGUAUGUCUGGAUCAUGGAAGAGAGAAGAGGAUUACAACAGGAACAUGCAAAUAUGAUGCCUGUUUUCUCACACUGGAUCCAAACACAACAAACACUCGUCUCAUUCUGUCUGAGGAGAACAGAAAGGUGACACGAGUGAGGGAGAAACAGUGGUAUCCUGAUCAUCCAGACAGAUUUGACGAUGUGUCUCAGGUGUUGUGCAGAGAGAGUGUGUGUGGACGCUGUUACUGGGAGAUUGACUGGAGUGGAGAUGGUGUGGAAAUAUCAGUGUCAUAUAAGAGUAUUAGAAGGAAGGGACGAGGUUAUGAGAGUUGGUUUGGAUGUAAUGCUCAGUCCUGGAGUUUGAUCUGCUCUUCCUCCAGUUUCUCAUUCAUACACGAUAACACACAGACUGGUCUCUCUGUAGAGCCGAUCAGCAGUAGAAUAGGAGUGUUUGUGGAUCACAAUGCAGGAACUCUGAUCUUCUACAACAUCUAUAGAGAUAAAACGAGUCUUAUCCACUCAGUCCAGACCACAUUCACUGAGCCGCUCUGGCCUGGGUUUAGGGUUCAUUAUGGAUCAUCAGUAAAACUGUGCUAAAGACUGAGAGACUGAAGAGAGAUCUCCUCAUAAUCCUCUGCUCUGCAGGAUUAGCCAGAAGAAGCAUGAUUACUAAAAACUCAUUUGUUUUAUGUUGCUUUUACAAAUGUAUUGUAAACUUGCCUCUUGUUAUUUCUGUUUUCUUUUAUAUUGUUUUCUUUUUUCUGUUCAGUACUUUAGUUUCACAU